AUGAUCGUCGCCGCGCUCGCCGCGCUCGCCGAGGAGAACGGCUCCAGCCAGGCCGCCAUCGCGCGCCGCAUCGAGGCGGAGGCCCGCGGCGACCUGCCGGCCUCGCACCCGGCGCUCGUCGCCGCCCACCUCUCGCGCAUGUCCGCCGCCGGGGAGCUCGUCGCCGUCGCGGGGGGAAAGUACGCGCUGCCCCCGCCUCCGCCGCCGGCACCGCCGGCGUCGGAGUCACUGGCUGACGACGAAGAAGAAGACGACUGCGCCGACGAGGAGGAGGAGGAGGCGCCGGAGCCUCUACCUCUGCCGCAGCUGCCCGCUAAGCGCGGGCGCGGAAGGCCCCCGAAGCCGCGGCCCGCGGGCUUCCCCGCCGCCGGCGUGCCAGGAGCUGCCGGUCCGGGCCCCAUCGGCGUGCUCGGAACCGCCGCGCCACGCCGGCGCGGCCGCCCGCCCAAGCCGCGGGACCCGCACGCACCGCCCAAGAUCCCGCGCCCGCGCGGCCGGCCGCGCAAGAACCCGCUCCCGGAGGGGAUGGCCCCGCGGCCGCGCCCGGGCGCGCCAGCGUCAGCCAAGGCGGCGCGCCCGCAGUUCGCCGAGGUCGGCUUCGUGUGA